AUGCUUAUCAUAAAACGACUUUUCAUUACAUUUUCUCUUAUUUUUGUUCAAGCUAAAGAUUUUGAUGUUGUUGCUAAACUUGAUUCAAAACAAAUCAUUGAUUCUUUAACAUCUGAAACAUUUUUAAAAUAUUUAAAUGAAUUAGCUCAGAUUUUUGCUAAGAAAGCCGCGGAAUCAUUUAUAGAAGAAAUAAAAAACAAAAAACAUUUAUUAAAGUAUAAGGAGAAAACCAGCAGCCCAAGUCUUAUAAAUGCAAGUCGUAGCAAACCAAAAAAAGUGAAACAAAUAUUGAAUGAAGAAGAAGCACUGAAACUUCUAGAAGAUCCUUCACCUGAUGGAGAUAAUUUGGAAUCACAUUCAGAUGUUGAUUCAGAAUUUGAAAAUAAUGUUAAUGUUAAAAAGGCCAUACCUGUGUAUGGGUUAACGAAAGUAAAUGGUGUUUAUGUGAGAAGACUGUUAGGACAUCUAAGC